UUCUAAGUUAUCUGAAUACUUGUGGGCAAAGUGGAGCUGUGAGGAGGAUCGGACAGAAUCACGUGGGUGGAUCCGGCUUUUGCUUGUAAUGCCAUCUUAACCCUUCUUCGAUGGUACAUCCUCUAGGUUUACCAAUCCGAAAUCUUGUUCCACUCCCAUAAUAGUCCCAGCCCAACGAACAAGAAACCCCUCUUUUGCAUAACGACGGGGGACACACAAUUGAAUUGUUCCAACGUCCCUCUUCAAUCACUGUCUCUACUCAAUACCACCAGUCGCUCGUUUCAACACACUCUCGCAAGAAAGGGCGGCAUUGGACCGACUAUCGACUAUAUUACGAGCUUACGCCACCCGAAAAGUCAAAUUUCCAUUCUUCCAACCCUCCCAGCUGGAUAUUGGAUGAUCACACGUUUGACAUUUAACAAAUGCCUUCAACAUUUCCCCGACGUUGUCCUUGGUCCGAUGGCAGGACGCCAGAGGAAGUCUCAGACAAUCCAACAGGAGCUUCUGGAAAAACAUUCCAAGAUUUUAUUGCACAUGUUUUUGGCUAUCACCAUUAUCCUCAUCCUCAUCCUCAUUCCAAGACUCUCUGGAUGGAAGAGUCCAAAGGACGAGCUGGAGGAGGGGGAGAAGGAGGGGAAACACACGUGUCUGUGUGUGCUGGCGGCAGUACCAAGAAUCUGAAGGGAAAGGGAUGGAACACGAAUACGCUGCCGUUCCACCUAGCCGAUGGUUCUCGGACUCAACCACCACCACCACCAUGCCUUUUUGUUGACGACCACCCGUCAAAACCUUCUUGGGGUAGUCGUCCUUCAGCGGAUGCCAAAGAAGAUACGGAGUCGAGCUCAAGUGCUAUUGAUAAGGCUAACGGUGUUUGGAGGGUUUCCGGGAAGCGGUUGAAAAGGCAGUUUCAGUCUAUUACUAUGACAGAAGACGAACCAACGAUAUCAAUUGAAUCAACUUACACAAUGACGAGUUCGAGCUCUGAAACUUCCACUUCCACUUCUUCUUCUUCUUCGUCGUCGGCCACAAGCAGUUCAACCUCAACCUCGACCUCAUCUUCAUCAAGUGGUUCUUCAUCGUCGUCGAGCAGUUCAUCAUCAUCCUCUUCGUCGAGCAGUUCUUCUUACUCUUUGUCAACUAGUUCCUCAUCCUCCUCGUCCUUCUCAGCAUCUGAAUCCUCAUUCUCGUCAUCGUCUACACGCACCUUCCACACUCAUCGGUCCUCCUCCUUCUUUUCUAUUUCAACCAGUACCUACACUACCAUCUCCGCGGAAUCGACACAAGCACAAACACAGACGCAAACUUUAACGAGUUUCACUACCACGACCACGUUCAACACCAGCCCAGGUACCACCACUAUCACCCAAUCUACCACGAGCGGUGUGCUCAAUACCGGGCAACCUGGUCCAGGCUCCCGGUUCUCACAGAACAAAGGCGGGAUCAUCGGUAUCUCUGUGGGCGGUGUUGUCUUUGUGAUCGCUCUAGUCAUGCUACUCUUUUUCCUAUGCAGACGGUGGAGGAAAUCUGCUGUAGUACUUGGAGUUCCCGUCGGGGGAUCCAUGACAACGGACGUUACGGGUGAUGGUCUAGGUGGUAGUGGCGGAGCAUUGACAGCGGGCGUUACACGCAGUGCCGGGUCUAGUUCUCGAAGGUUAUUGGUGAGGGAUUAUUCAUCUAGUGAGACUGGCCAGUGGAGGUCUCCGUUGAGUGAUGAAGACAUUGAAGAUGCACGGCCGCCACCUUUACCGAAAUCGCCUUCAACGAUUAUGGCUGUCGGUGGUAUGGGUAUAGGAAGUCAGGGGCAUAGCUCGAGUGAGGAAGGAGAGGAGUUGGGGAAUCUGAGCGUUAGUGGGCAUGGUCAUAGUUCGAGUCAUUCGAAUCUACAUGACUAUCCUUACAUUCAACCCACUACUACCGGGAGUGCGGUUGAGAUUGGACGGAAACCCUCCGUUGCGCGACAGAAUGCGAGUGUUUCCUAUAUGCCCGGGUUCGGGCAGGCUGCGGAACAUAUGCAUAUCCCUGGUGGUGUCAUUGACUCUUCGAGGAUAUCGCCCACUAUUCCGGCUAAAACGCCUACUUCCCCCGUAGUCUCUAUUCCUGUUGCGCCUGGUUUCUCGACGUCUUCCUCUGCCCAGGCUGGAUCUCCUACUUCUCCCCCUCCUCCAAGUGCAUACACAAAUAUGGUGUACUCAUCUUCUUCACAUUCCCAUGACCAUUCGUCUUCUGGGCAUCUACAUGAUGAUAACGGUCUUGGAGGGUUUAGAGAUUACAGGAAUGGAGGUUCUAUGUCGUUGAAGCAUACGAACACGAUGAUAAGUUCCAGGAGUCACACUUCCUCUUCUGAAUCUCAUUCUCAGUCGCAUUCGCAUUCACUAUCGCAUAACCAUUCAUCUCCAUCUCCAAUACUCCCGAGUGUCCCACGUGUACGAAUACACGAAGCUUCAGCUUUUCCUCUAAACGCGGCCUUCAACUCCAAUGGGAAUCGGAAUCGGAAUCGAAGGCAAUCAUCAUCCAGUCUAAAAGGUUUUAUCAUGAGAUUACGUGGUGGUGACGGUGGACCUCGAACGCCGUCGUCGGGCCAGGGGUCGAGUCUGUCGAGAAGCCGGAGCUCUACUUUUUCUGGUGCUCCUCCUCCUCCAGCGUCAUCGUUUUAUUAUCCACUUACAGCGACGACACGCGGCCCUCCUUCGUCGUUGCUUAACCCACCUUUACCACCACCACCACCACAACCACUUAGUCUGGCUUUACCUCCACCCGCGGUUCUUCAUGGAGGAACGGGCAGCCUUGAUCCGAUGUCGUUACCGUUCCCCUCACCUGUACCAACGGAAGAAUCGACUGAUAUUCGCGUCACGGAGGGGCUGUUGGAUCCUCAGCUCGUUCUCAUGUCCUCAGGUGCUGAUUCUGGUGCCGAUGGUGGUGGUGGUGGUAUGACGUCGUUAUCGUCUUCGGCAGCUCGGGGGAGAGAGAUGGAUGGGAGCUGGGUUUCAGAUGGACUAGGUGGACUUGGAGCGACGCCUAGUUUGACCAGUUUGAGGGAUCAUGUUGAUUAUUCGAGGCCUUAUCGCGGGUUUGUAUUCAACAAAUUGGGAAGUUCAGCAACGUUUGAUACUGUUACCACUGCCGCCACUCAGGGGCGUACUCCGGGAGUGGAUACUCUGGCUUCGAUCCGAGUGGAUGGUGCCACACCGGCCAUGAGGAUUGAGGAAGGGUCUGAGUUUCCUUUUGGGAUCGCACGAUGACCGCGGACCGCGACCGCGUUUUACAUUCUAUGGUCGUCGUUUUCUUUCGUCCCCUCCUCCCCUCCCCUUUUUCAUCUGGACGCCUUAUUUCCAAUCCUUCUCCGUUUCGUUCACCUUCACCCCUCCUUAAGGCCCUUUGACCGGCGGUCGCUUCAAGCGUCCUUUUUCUUUUUGUGCGACCACGAUGACCGGUAACCGUAACCAUUGUUGCUAUCUAAUGUCUAUUCCCCCCUCCCGUUCUCAUACAUCUUCCUUCCCUCCUUUUCUUAAUCGCUGCAUCAAAACUUCUCAACGCCACUGUCACGGCCUUGUCUUUUUCUUUUAUUCUAUUUUACCCACCUGCUUUGUGUACACAUAUAGUUUCUAUAUCGCAUUUACGCAAUUCCUUUACGACCUCCUUGUUUUUUAACGACCGAUCAAGGCCACUUGUUUGCUGAUACACGGCUAGAAGCACGCUUUCUGAUUCUCAAAAAGAGGGACGUAAUUGUCGUUGUUCUCCUUAUUUUAAUAGAUCUUAAGCUUUUGCAUCACGCACUGCUUUUUAUGAUAUUUUCCGUUCCUGCUGUCGCUUGUCACUCCUUUUUCACAUACACGCGUACGGGACGUUUACUACAAAUGAUCAACACACGCUCACUUUUUUUUUUUAAAAUCGACGAUCAUUUCUUAUACACGCUCUUUUUUGUUUAGUUGAUACCCCCACACUGUCGCUUCCCCUCACCUCAUCACACACGCCGUUUUUCCAGUCACAUACAUUAUACCUCUGAACUCGUUGUAGAUAAGGAUAAAGUCCAUUACUUCGAACUUGUAUUAGUAGUUCAUUUGAUAGUAUUACCGGUGACCGGUUGUAAAUAUAAUAAUGUGAAUACUGCUUGAA